ACUUAAAUAGGGUCCGAGCAUUCUCAAACUAUGAGAACCUCUCUCUGCUGUUCGGAUAGUGAGAGAGACCGAGAGAGGAAAGAAGCAAAACAGCAAAUUAAACCUCUCAGCAGCCUGAAAACCAUUAAGCACACAGGCUACUGAAUGGCCACACUCUCUUCCCUUUCAACCACACCCCAUUUGCUCAGACUUUCUUCUCAUUCUCUUCUCCGUCGAAGCCUUCAUUUCCAGUCCUAUGGAUUUCCCUUUUCUUUCAAGCACUUGACGUUGAAGACCAUCUCCAAGAGCGAGAAUUUCUUUUCCCAUAUUACAAAAUUAAAGUCAGUUGAAGAGGAAACCCAAAUCCCAGACGAACAACCUCAACCUCAACCUCAACCUCAAGAGCAAGGACAAGUACAAGAAGGAGCUGAGCAGCAAACAGUGUCUGUCCCUGUGUCCCCUGCCGACAAACUUACCAUGUUCUUUCAGGCAGACGGAACAAUGAAUGAAGCUGCUAUUCCUACAGUGACUAAGGCCUUAGAGGAGAUUGAUGGUAUUACAGAUUUGAAAGUUAAAAUUGAAGAGGGUAUUGCAAGUGUUGAGUUAACAAAACAAACAACUGUACAAGCUACAGGGGUAGCUUCUAGUUUGGUUGAGCUCAUACAGGGUUCAGGUUUCAAGUUGCAGACUUUGAACUUGAGUUUUAUAGAUGAGGAGGAUAUGCUUGUAUAGUUAGUGCAAUUUUUUUAAGCUGGAAAAAUUCAAAAACUCUGUAAGACCUUCUACAUUCUAUUUUAUCAGGAUUCCAUAUAGAGAUGUGUAUGCUUGGAAGUAAACGAAAUAAAUACUAUUAGUAUUAAUUGACAUUUCUUGUAGGCUGUGUCGAUAUGAUCUUUGAUGGUAUAUUCUCUUGAAAUAAUCCCCAAAUAAGUAAUACUUCUUCUGCAGUUUAUAGUUCUGUUAUAGUUAGCUUUGAUUCUGUUCAUUCGAGUAUAUUAUCCAUUGAUCAAUGAUUGUUGGUUUCCUUCAUUACGCACAUAUAUCUAUCAUGUCAUGUAUAUAGUUGUAUAUGAGACAGAGAAUCCAUGGAUUUUGCCAUGGAUAUUUAUUCAAAGGAAAGAGAAUAAUAUGAGUUGAAGCUAAUGAGGAAUUCUUUACAGCAAAUUUGAAAACUCUUGUGACCUCAGAUCUUAUCUCAUAGAAGACCAUUGAAGCUGGUGCAAUCUUGAUAGGUAAAAAUUUGAUCUAAGCUUCUAGAGCAGAGUUUCCAACUGAAUUAUACAAUAAUUUUGAGCAAGUUGACCCCGGACAGUUCAACUACGCCAAUUGAUUUGCCAAUCACAAGCUGGUUUUCUCCUUGAGGAAAAGCUUGUGCUGUGUUAGUGUCAACACAGCAUUUCAAGCGUAGCCUCUUGAGUUCAGGGAUUUGAAAGUUGAAACUACUUGUAGGUUCUGAUUAGGAAUUAUCUCAAAAACUGAACAUGGGGACUUUACGAAGCGUCAAAGCGAAUCGACAGAACUGGUUCUGAUAUGAACAACAGGGCCUUGAGGAUCUUUCUGGCCAGGAGGAGUUUGGACUUUGGUUGUUGUCCACAAGUCUUGACAUCAGCUGAAGAUGAAUAAGUAGCAAUACCUGCCGGAGAAUAUCUUGCUUGAGGGUCUUAAUGGCUAAAUGUAUAUUUACACAAUUGUACUUUAUUAUUUUUAUCUAUCAAACACUUCAACUUUAAUUAU